AUGGCCGUCGACAUGUCUGAGAGCAGGUCAGACACGGAUACGGGGGCCACGCUGUCCCUUGAAGACAGCCAACCAGGCAAGGGGCAGUUUGAAGACGGCAAAACCAACAAUGAGAGAGACUGGCACUUGAAGUCCAAAGUCGAAGAGAUCCACGCCCGCAAUGUCCAGUCCGAUUUCAAGCCGCGAGAGCUUGGCGUGACAUGGCAAAACCUCAAUGUCGAAGUCAUCAGCGCUGAUGCAGCCAUCAACGAGAACGUCAUCUCGCAAUUCAACAUACCGAAACUGAUCAAGGAGGCGCGCCACAAACCGCCGCUGAAGAGGAUCCUCAGCAACAGUCAUGGCUGCGUCAAGCCCGGAGAGAUGCUGCUUGUUCUGGGCCGGCCCGGCUCUGGCUGCACGACGUUGUUAAACAUGCUUGCUAACCGGCGAAAUGGAUACGCCUCCGUCACGGGAGAUGUCUGGUAUGGCUCCAUGACCGCCGCAGAGGCCACCCGGUAUCGAGGCCAGAUCGUCAUGAAUACCGAAGAAGAACUGUUCUUUCCGUCCUUGACGGUGGGCCAGACCAUGGACUUUGCGACUCGCCUCAAGAUCCCCUACCGCCUCCCCCAGGGCGUGAAAUCUGACGAGGAGUUGCGGGUUGAGACCAAGAACUUCCUGCUCCAGUCGAUGGGCAUCGAGCACACUCACGAUACAAAAGUCGGCAACGAGUUCGUGCGCGGAGUGUCCGGCGGAGAGCGGAAACGAGUAUCCAUCAUCGAAUGUCUGGCCACGAGAGGCUCGGUCUUCUGCUGGGACAACAGCACGCGCGGGCUGGACGCCAGCACCGCCCUGGAAUACACCAAGGCCAUCCGGGCCAUGACGGACGUGCUCGGAUUGGCAUCCAUCGUAACGCUAUACCAGGCCGGCAACGGCAUCUAUGAACUGUUCGAUAAGGUCCUCGUGCUCGACGGAGGCAAGCAGAUCUACUACGGCCCCAUGAAGGAGGCUCGACCCUUCAUGGAGAACCUGGGCUUCGUCUGUCGUGAUGGGGCCAACGUGGCCGACUUCCUGACGGGCGUGACGGUACCAACCGAGCGGUUGAUCCGACCGGGCUGCGAGCGCAGCUUUCCCCGGAAUGCAGACAUGGUGUUGGCCGAAUAUGAGAAGUCACCAAUCUCGGCACAGAUGAGGGCCGAGUACAAAUAUCCAAUGACCGAUCUCGCGAAACAGCGCACAGAGGCGUUUAAAGAAUCUGUUGCGCAGGAGAAGCACCCCCAGCUGCCGUCAUCAAGUCCACUGACGACGAGCUUUGCAACCCAGGUCAAGGCCUGCAUUGUUCGACAGUAUCAUAUCAUCUGGGGCGACAAGGCAACGUUCUUGAUCAAGCAGAUCUCAACCCUGGCGCAGGCCUUGAUCGCAGGAUCGCUCUUCUACAACGCCCCAGACAAUUCCGGGGGCUUGUUUGUGAAGUCCGGAGCGCUAUUCUUUUCGCUGCUGUACAAUAGCUUGUUGUCUAUGAGCGAAGUGACGGAUUCUUUCACAGGUCGACCGGUCCUGAUCAAGCACAAGUCUUUCGCGUUUUACCACCCUGCAGCAUUUUGCAUUGCGCAGAUCACGGCCGAUAUUCCCGUCAUCAUCUUCCAGGUUAGCAUCUUUUCGGUGGUGCUGUAUUUCAUGGUGGGCUUGACGACCAGCGCCAGUGCUUUCUUCACAUAUUGGAUCAUCCUGAUCGCGACGACUAUGUGUAUGACUGCCCUGUUCCGCGCCGUAGGAGCCGCUUUUCAGACGUUCGAUGGCGCCUCCAAAAUGUCCGGUCUUCUUAUCACGGCUACCGUCAUGUACACGGGUUACAUGAUCAGAAAGCCGCAGAUGCACCCGUGGUUUGUCUGGAUCUUCUGGAUCGAUCCGCUGGCAUAUGGAUUUGAAGCCCUUCUCUCCAAUGAGUUCCACAACAAGAUCAUUCCCUGUGUCGGAGUAAACCUGAUCCCCAACGGCCCGGGGUAUUCGAAUCCCGCCUUCCAAUCCUGUGCGGGCGUGGGCGGUGCUAUCCAAGGCGAGGUGUCUCUGACUGGAGACCAAUAUCUGGCGUCGCUGUCUUACAGCCACGCCCAUCUCUGGCGGAACUUUGGUAUCAUCUGGGCGUGGUGGGCCCUGUUCGCCGCUGUCACAGUUAUCGCAACCAGCUUCUGGCGCUCGUCGUCGGAGAACGGUCCAUCCCUGCUGAUUCCCCGAGAGAAGGUGAAACAAGUUCGGGCCGUCCAGGCGGCGGAUGAAGAGUCCCAGACUCAAGAAAAACGGAGUCCGUCCGGCAGCUCGGCCAACUCCGACUCUGAAGAUGGGGUCAAUGACACCAAAAAUGCCAGUAUCGAAGGCAAUCUGAUUCGCAACACAUCCGUCUUCACUUGGAAGAAUCUGACGUACACUGUUAAGACGCCAUCUGGCGAACGGAUCCUCCUCGACAAUGUCCACGGAUGGGUCAAGCCCGGCAUGCUGGGCGCGCUGAUGGGCUCGUCGGGGGCCGGCAAGACGACUCUCUUGGACGUGUUGGCCCAACGAAAGACAGAAGGCACCAUUCGGGGCUCGAUCAUGGUGGAUGGGCGUCCCUUGCCUGUCUCUUUCCAGAGGUCUGCCGGGUAUUGUGAACAACUGGAUGUCCACGAGCCGUACGCCACGGUCCGUGAGGCCCUGGAAUUCUCUGCCUUGCUGCGUCAGCCCCGUCAUGUCCCCCGAGAAGAGAAGCUGAAGUAUGUCGAUACCAUCAUUGAUCUCCUGGAGCUGCACGACAUUGCCGACACUCUCAUCGGGCGGGUGGGAGCCGGCCUAUCGGUAGAACAGAGGAAGCGCGUCACGAUCGGAGUGGAAUUGGUGGCGAAGCCGAGCAUCCUUAUCUUCUUAGACGAGCCGACGUCCGGUCUGGACGGACAGUCGGCCUUCAAUACCGUGCGAUUCCUGAGAAAACUGGCUGAUGUCGGCCAGGCAGUAUUGGUCACCAUCCAUCAGCCUUCGGCGCAACUGUUUGCUCAGUUCGACACCCUGCUGCUUCUCGCCAAGGGUGGCAAGACGGUGUACUUUGGAGACAUUGGCGACAACGCGCAGACGAUUCGGGAAUACUUUGCACGCCAUGGCGCGCCGUGUCCCCCCGAUGCCAAUCCUGCUGAGCAUAUGAUCGACGUUGUCUCAGGGCACCUGUCGCAGGGUCGAGACUGGCACCAGAUCUGGUUGGAAUCCCCUGAACAUGCGAAAAUGAUGAACGAGCUGGAUCAGAUCAUCGAAGAGGCUGCUGCCAAACCACCGGCAACACACGACGACGGAUAUGAAUUCGCGACAUCGCUGUGGGAGCAGACCAAGAUCGUAACGCACCGGAUGAACGUGUCCCUGUUCCGCAACACGGAUUAUAUUAACAACAAGUUCAUGCUGCACAUCACGACGGCCCUGUUCAACGGGUUCUCGUUCUGGAAGAUCGGUGACACCGUGGCCGAUCUUCAGCUUCGCCUCUUCACCGUGUUCAACUUCAUCUUCGUGGCCCCUGGUGUCAUCGCCCAGCUGCAGCCGCUCUUCAUCGACCGACGGGACAUCUACGAGACGCGCGAGAAGAAAUCCAAGAUGUACUCGUGGAAGGCGUUCGUGACGGCGCUGAUCGUGUCCGAGAUACCGUAUCUCUGCAUCUGCGCGGUGCUGUACUUUGUCUGCUGGUACUACACGGUCGGAUUCCCCAGCGACUCGCACCGGGCAGGCGGGACGUUCUUCGUGAUGCUGAUGUACGAGUUCGUGUACACGGGCAUCGGUCAGUUCAUCGCAGCGUAUGCACCGAAUGCCGUCUUCGCGGCGCUGGCCAACCCGUUCGUCAUCGGCCAGCUGGUGUCCUUCUGUGGCGUGUUGGUGCCGUAUUCGCAGAUCCAGACGUUCUGGCGGUACUGGAUGUACUAUCUCAACCCAUUCAACUACCUGAUCGGCAGUCUGCUCGUGUUCGACGUCUGGGGCAGCGAGAUCAACUGCGCGGAGUCAGAAUUCGCCAUCUUCGACCCGCCCAACGGGACAACCUGUGGAGAGUAUCUGGCAGAAUAUAUGCAGGGCGUGGGAUCCGGCUCCAACCUGAUCAAUCCGGAUGCCACGUCAGGCUGUCGAGUGUGCGAGUACCGGUCUGGGAGUGACUAUUUGGCCACAGUCAACCUGCUGGACUAUUACUAUGGCUGGCGGGAUGCUGGCAUCGUGGUGAUAUUUGCCAUUUCGUCGUAUGCCUUGGUCUAUGUGCUGAUGAAGUUGCGGACCAAGGCGUCUAAGAAAGCGGAGAGCACAUGA